ACCAAAUAUAACUUAUGUUGCACGAGUAACCUACAAUUGAGAUAUUCAGAAACCUCGAUUAUUUAAUCAUCCAAGUCCACCCCAAAUACCGUAAAUUCUCUUUAACUUGAUACUUCAAGUAGCAUAUCAUUCUCCAAGAGACGGUUUGGGAAACUAAUGAAUUCCUGGAAAUAAAACCUACAUUUAUAUGUUUGCAACUGUGGUUUCUUUGAACAGUCUUGUUUUAAUAUAAUAAUCACCAAUUGGUUUGUUUGUUACUUUUGCUGGCAAUAGCUAUGGGAGCAAUGCAGAUAGAAUGAGUGUUCAGGAACUAGAGGAAGGGAAGAAAUGGUUGAAUGACACAUUUUAUCUCAUAAGGUGCGAGAAUGAUUCUCUUCCGAAUAUAGAGUGGGUUCUUGAUCUUGCAAGGGCAGCGGUACUAAGGCAUGGUAUUCAGGGGCUUGUAAUUGAUCCUUACAAUGAACUUGAUCAUCAGCUCCAAACUAGUGAGACUGAAACGGAGUAUGUAAGCCAGUUGCUUACGAAGAUCAAACGAUUUGCUCAACAUCACUCUAGUCAUGUCUGGUUUGUUGCACAUCCAAGACAGUUGCACCAAUGGACUGGGGCUCCUCCUAAUCUCUACGACAUCAGUGGAAGUGCACACUUUAUAAACAAAUGUGACAAUGGAAUUGUUAUUCAUCGGAAUCGGGACCCCGAGGCUGGACCUGUUGAUCUAGUACAAGUCUGUGUGCGGAAGGUACGAAACAAGGUUGUAGGAAAUAUAGGCGAUGCGUUCUUGUCUUAUGAUAGGGUGACGGGCAUAUAUAAUGACUUUGACGAACGACAAAUGAAGUGAAAGGCCAUGGCGUCGUUCGAUUGGUAACUGAAAUUUUGUAUAGUAUGACCAUUGAUUAUGCAUGGAGAGCCUUCUUUCCUGAUGUA